AUGGUUACACGAGUUAUGAAUGAUAUUAUUGUCCUGACAAUUGAAGGUGUUCCUGAAAAAUAUACGAAAUUCGAAAUAUCGAAAAGAUUCGAUUAUUUCAUCCAAAUUGAUCAUGAUUUUGAAAGAUUCGUCGUUGAGAAACGAAAUAUUUGUAAGAAAACAGAUGUUUGGUUGAAACUUCAGGAGGAAAUGAAGAGAAAUGAUCUGAAAACGGAUAAAAAUUGGAUUGAAAUCGACAAAAAUACAUCGAAUAAGAGAAGAUUUUGUACAUUUACAGCGAAAAGAAGGUGUUAUGAUUGGAUAAAAGAUGGUGAGUUUUUUUUCUCGAAAAAUCUACGUCACCGCAAAAAAACUAGACUUGAAAAUUUUGAAUUUUUCUCAAAAGUCCCUAUACUUUUCCGUUUCAGAUUUUUUUUUGAAUUUUAAAAUUUUCUCCAAUUUAAAAAAAAAUGAAAUUUCACAUUGCUCAUGUUGAAUUCAUAAUUUGAAAAGAGCUUAUUUUCAUGAAAAUUUAGAAUUGCUCAUAUCAUUUUCAAAAUUUAAUUUCAGGAGAAAUUGUUCUACUUUCGCAAUGUUGGAUUGUGCAUGGAAUUGUCAGAAGAAAAACCAAUUUCUUGUAUGCCAAAAAAUGCGAUAAAACAGCAAGUUAUAAGCAAAAUGAUCCAAAAAUAGUUUGUUUCGAAAUCCUCAUCGAUGAAAAUGACAACAAUAACAAUAACAACAAUUGGAUACCAAAUAUCCCGCAAGCUUAUUAUUUCAUCACAAUCGAUUCUUCAUUUUUAUUCGAAAAUGGAUGUGGAUGGCAGAAGUUUAUUAUUGUGGAUACGGAAAAUCGACGAAUUUUUCAAAGAGAAUCAGCCGAAACUAUUGAUUUUGAUGUUGUUCAUUGGAAUAUUGAAUUAUUAACUGAUCAGAAGAAUAAUGAUAUUAUUCAUAAUGAAUUAUCGGAAGAAAUAAGAACUUGUAAAUCUAUCGAAGGAUCCAGUAGAUCUAUUUCUAUUCCAGAUGUAAGUUUUGAAAAAAAUAUAAAUUUUUUAUUCAGGAAAAGUUACAUGUACUGAUAGAAAUUUUGAAAAAUUGAAUUGCUUGAAAAUUUUUAGUAGAUGUUUAUUUAAAUUCUACAAAAUUUUCCAAGUAAAUAAUAAAACUUUACUUUGAAAAUAAUCAAAAAAAAAAUUUAUUUUUAAUUUUUCAGAGAGUCAACACCGAAAUAAGUGAUAUUUCAAUAAUUUAUGGAAGAAUUGUGAGUUUUUUAUAAAUUUUGGAGAAACCAAUCCAAAUGUAUGUUUUUAAGGAAUCCUUGAAAAUUCAUGAUUUUAAUGUUCAUCUGAAGGAAAUUGGAUUUGUCAAUAUUUUUCAUAUAAGUGCCGAAGGUUAGUUUUUGGAAUUUGAAAAAGUUUAACAUGAGCAAGGGAAGUUUUUUUUCUUUUGUUGAAAAACUGUUAUACGAAGUUCGUAUUACGAACCCAAGAGAUCUAAGACGUGGCAAUUUGAAAUUGCUAAAACAAGUUUUUUCAGGAAAUCAACUCCGCAUUUUUAUCGACAUAAGUGAUGAAUGCAAUUCAGAUGAAAUGUCAACUUUCUUUGAAAUAGGUAAUCCCCAUUUUCAAAUACAAAUCAAAAAGUUUCCAAUUUUGCAGGUCGAUACAUUUUUCUAUCCCUCGAUCACACUUCUGACAAUUUGAAUAUAAUCGGAAAAGUUCACGAGCAACGAUCAGCCACUGUUUUCAUGAUUUCAAUCGAUUCCGAGCUCAGUAAUUCACUAUUUUGGUCAGUUUGGAUUCGAUAUAUGUAUUCAUUUAAUAUUCGAAGUAUGAAAAUGUUGUGCCAUAUUCAUGAGUAG